AUGGUUGACGAAGAGGUGAUACGUCGAAGAUUACUCAUAGAUGGGGAUGGAACUGGAGAUGAUCGUAGAAUUAAUAUGCUUUUAAAAUCAUUCAUAAAAUGGGCAAAUAGUCCAGAUGUAGAUAAUACUUUGCAUGAAAGAAUGUUAUCACAACUUGCCCAGUGUGAAUUUGCCCAACGAAAAUCCAGAUUAGUCUCAAAUAUGAGUCAAGAAGAAUUAAAAAGUUAUGAACAAUUAUCACAAGAAAUUGAAAUUCAAAUAGAAGAGGCUAAGAGAGACAUAGAAAAAACAAAAGCUGAACUACAAGAUGCAAAACGUGUUAGGAAAAAUAGAAUUGAGUAUGAUGUACUGGCAAAAGUUAUAAGCGAACAACCAGAUAGAGUAGAAACCAAUUUGAAGCUUGCCACCUUACGUGAAGAAUUAGGCAAAUUGAAGGAAAAGUCUGAACUGCUAGAACUUAAAUUGGAAAUGAGACGCAAACAGUUUCAUGUUUUAAUAUCUUCCAUACAUUCUUUACAAGGAAUGUUAGAUGAGGGUGAUGAGGAAAUAAUGGAUGUGAGUUUGGAAAAUUAUGAGGAUACAGAUACAUCAACACCUUCUAAGACUGAAGCAUCUUGA